AAUUCGGAAAAAACCAACCUCAGCCGUUGGUAUUUCGCUGUGCAUGUUUUCAGACGUUGUUAUUGUGAGCUAAUUCAGAAGAAAAUUGUAACUACUUCCAGACACUCUUGUCAAAGAUAAUUGGCAUCCGCUCCUGUCCUGCCCCUGCGCCCCCUCGCCAUUGCUAAGGCCCAUGGAGUUGCAAACCACUGUGGAUUUUCUGUGAUUUCCCUAUUCCCCCACUGAUAUAUUACGCGUCGACGUUGUGACCUUCGCAGGAGCAUCCCCAGUGACAAGCGGGAAUAAUCAAUGGAGGACCUGACGCCGUUAACCAACCUUCAACAGUUUUAGUUCAAAGAUUAUUAUUUGCCCAACUGUCCGCCAACUGCCUUAUACAACUGCCAAGUACAUCGAAAAACAGCAAACAACAACCCAUCUUGACAUUCCUACUCUAAUUUGUGAUAUUCGCCAUUCCCGAGGGUGCGCCGCGCAAAAAGAUGUCGGAACGCCAGCCGUUGCUCUUGCAGAGCGAUGCGUCCGACUACGAGGGCAGCAGGGGAUCGGCAGCGCGACCCGUACGCAGCUCUCCGCCGGACAACACGCUGGUAAAUGUCCACAGCGAGGACAGCCUAGCAGUGCACGCAGCAGCUUCGGGAUCGGGAGACGACGAACACGGCUCAGCAGCGGACAAGGCCAGCUAUAACCCCACCCUCCAUCGCACCCUGGAGCACCCGACGUCAAACUUUGACACACUGAUCCAUCUGCUUAAGGGCAAUAUUGGCACUGGUAUCCUGGCCAUGCCAGAUGCCUUCAAGAACGCCGGCCUGUAUGUGGGUUUGUUUGGCACCAUGAUAAUGGGUGCUAUUUGCACCCACUGCAUGCACAUGCUGGUGAAUUGCUCCCACGAGUUGUGUCGACGACUGCAGCAGCCGGCACUGGACUUCUCCGAGGUGGCAUACUGCAGCUUUGAGACGGGACCGUUGGGCCUGAGGCGAUACUCCCAGCUGGCCAGGCGGAUCGUAACAACGUUCCUGUUCAUCACUCAGAUUGGCUUCUGCUGCGUCUACUUUCUGUUUGUGGCCCUGAACAUUAAAGACGUAAUGGACCAUUACUACAAGAUCAAUGUGCACAUCUACCUGCUGCUAAUGCUGGUGCCCAUGAUUCUGUUGAAUCUGGUGCGGAACCUAAAGUACCUGACGCCCGUCUCCCUCAUCGCCGCUAUACUAACUGUUGCCGGACUGGCCAUUAGCUUCUCGUACAUGCUGCACGAUCUGCCGGAUGUGCAUACGGUAAAGCCGAUCGCCACCUGGGCGACGCUUCCUCUCUACUUUGGCACAGCCAUCUAUGCGUUUGAAGGCAUUGGCGUGGUCCUACCUUUGGAGAACAACAUGCGGACACCCGAAGACUUUGGCGGCACCACAGGCGUUCUCAAUACGGGCAUGGUGAUUGUAGCCUGCUUGUACACCUCCGUUGGAUUCUUUGGCUACCUGAAGUACGGCGAAGAUGUUAAGGGCAGCAUAACCCUGAACCUGCCGCAAGGCGAUACUCUCUCCCAGUUGGUGCGCAUCACCAUGGCCGUGGCCAUCUUCCUCUCCUAUACCCUUCAGUUCUAUGUGCCCGUAAACAUUGUGGAGCCAUUUGUGAGGAGCCACUUUGAUACCACGCGGGCCAAGGAUCUGUCAGCAACUGUGCUACGAAUCGUUCUAGUCACCUUCACUUUCCUACUGGCCACUUGCAUUCCGAAUUUGGGCUCUAUUAUCUCCCUGGUGGGUGCCGUCAGUAGCUCAGCGUUGGCUCUCAUAGCGCCGCCCAUAAUCGAAAUGAUUACGUUUUAUAAUGUCGGAUAUGGCCGCUACAACUGGAUGCUGUGGAAAGACUUUCUCAUCCUGAUAUUCGGACUUGGUGGCUUUGUCUUUGGCACCUGGGCCAGCUUGGCGCAGAUUCUAAACGACCGGACACACUAAUUUCAAUCUUUAGGGGAAAUCAGGACCUAUAUAGAAUUUGUGUGCGAAUUUAUGACGAAGGCUUUAUGUAGUGUAUACCCUUAGUUGUUUCUCCUUUUGCGAAGGAUGUAACUCUUUCGGUGCUCUGUUUGUGUUUAAUUUAUUUUUUAUCGCGAUAAUAUUUGUAUUUUUUCUCGUUGUUAUUAAUUAGCUGCAAUUUUGUACCGGAGACAAUAACUAGCAUUUUAAGUAGACAGUUUUGUAAUACUCUUCAGUUCAAUUCAGUAUGGCAGUAGCUUAUGAAUUUACCUGCGUUAACUCGAGAUCCGCACAAUGCCAAGUGAUUUUUGCGUAGUAUUCUUAAAUAAAUUAUUGUUUAGAUUUUACUAUGUAUGUUAGUCUAGGUCGGUGCAGCGCGAUCAUUCCAAAGCAACGCCCAAAAAGAAUUUACCCAACAAACCGAAGUUUUAUCGUUCGUAUUUUCUAAUUAUAUAUAUAUAUAUAGUUAUACAUACAUAUAUAUACUACUCAGCAUACCGUAUUGGGUCUCCGAAAUCUCGACCUCCGAUUACAUUCAUUCGGUGUAUCAGCAAAUGUUCUUUAAUGAUUUAACGAGUAACAAAAGACAAUAAUUAAACUUAAUGUUUUUAAAAAUCAA